AUGAAUGGUAUCUUAUUUUUUGCAAUUAUUUUGACUAUUUUUCAUGGUGGCACUUCAAUGAUAUUAUCAAGUAUUGAUCCUAAUCAGGACAAGAGUAAUAUUCAAUCAGAAUCAAUAAUUGAUUUGUACAAUCAAAUAAAUCAAAAAGGUUCUUUACUUGCAGCAACAUCAUUAACGUUACAAGCACAACAAAAGCUAAAAACAAUUGAUACUGUUAGAUUGACACCUUGUGAAGUUCAAACUAAUCUCAAUCAAUCGUUAUAUCAAUUUGAUUUGGAUAUGAACAUAAUUCAUCCACAUUCAAUGGAAGAUUUAAAAUUAAUCGAACUUCGACUACAACGAUAUUCUGAAAUAGAAAAACCAUUAAUUUUCACUGUUGAUUGGAAUAAUCGUGUGAAAAAGUUUCGAUUUAAACCACAACUCAUUUCAUUACUCUCAAAUCAACAACAAUCAUAUUUAUCAUAUGAUUUAACACGUUUUUAUUAUCGUUUUAAACGACAUUAUUCACAUGUAAAAACUGUAAAACUAUCAUCGAAUCAUGAAUUAGAACAAGUGUCCAUUGUUGUCUAUUCAACAUCUAAAUCAAAGGUAUUCAUGUUUUCAAUUAAACAAAGCAUUCGAAUACAAAAACAAGAACAACAACGACGAAAAAAGAGAACAACAAUGACAACAUGUUCAAAAAAUGAAUUUCAAAUUGAUUUUGAUCAAUUUCCAUGGGGCAAAUAUGUUUUAGCACCGAAAAAAUUUAAUGCACAAAUUUGCACGGGCGAUUGUCCAAAUCCAUUAUCUUAUGAUCUUUAUCCUUCGAAUCAUGCAAUGCUAAUUUCAUUGAUCAAAGCCAAAAAUCCACAAGAUAUAAAAAUUCAACCAUCAUGUGUUCCUGUAAAAUUACGUCCAUUAAGUUUGCUUUAUUAUGACAAAGAUGAAUUGGUCAUUAAAUAUCAUAUGGAAAUGAUUGUUGAAGAAUGCGGUUGUCGAUAA